GUAAUAAUAAUAAUACUAAAUAUAUAUAAUUAUUAUUUUUAAGUUUAAUUAAGUAAUCUCUACACCCAAUGUGGAGUUCAAACUCAUGUCCCCAAGCUCAGUAGUCUCAUGCUCUUCUGACUGAGCCAGCCAGGCACUUCUUAAAUAUUAUUUUUAUUCUCAGUGUGAAUUUGUCUUGUUUGGGACUGUUCUAAAUCAGUAUGGAAGUUAAAGAGUAAUAAAAUGCUGAAGUUAAAACUAGAACAUUACAUGCAGCACAUGUAUUAUAGAAACUGCUGUUAAGCUGUGUAACCAUGGGCAAGAUGCUUGCCCUCUCUGGGCCUUGUUUUCUCAAUAGAAUGAACUCUAGUUCCCUCUCUGUCCUUAAAUGUUACAAUUAAUAAUAAUUUUAUUAAAGUAUCUUAAUAUAAUUUUUAUGCAUAUUCUCCUUACCGUUCCUGAACCCAUGUACAAAUUUAAGACUCACUUCAUACAUUUAUUCUGAGAAAGCUUGGGAGCUCAAAUGUCCAUCAGGAAUUAUCUCCAUGUUUCUGUAUAGCCCCAUGCAUCUGUAUAGUAUUUCCUAUUUGUUAAGGUUCAUCAGAAAGCAGUUAUUCCACUAGUGAAUUUGUUACGUUACUGUUUUGUUUGAAAAUAGUUUUGUGAAGGACACCCACUGACUGAGCACAUAACGCUUUAGUGGUCCUGGCAAAUUUGGUCAUUUGCAAUGCUUUUGGGAUUUGGUCCUUGGGACUCUCUUGAGCUCUUUGUUCAUACCGAGAUUAUUCAUGAGUGGCUUCAAAGCCCUUCCCCAGUGUCCUGGGCCACUGGGCUUGCAAAACUAUUGAGUACCACAAACUUAGCCUGGACAUAAGGCUGGAUCUUCAGGUUUCUUACUUCCAGAUAUAUCUUAAUUUAAUGGAAUCCGAGCUGUAAUCAUCUUGGGUAUUUGUAGAACUGUCUUUCCCACCCAUCUUUACAUCUCUUGGCAUCACCUGGAAAUAUUUUUGAGUCUUUAUAGCAUCAUGGAUUCUGGUGUGUGCCUGUGUUCAAAUUCAGCUCUGCCCCUUACUGCCUGGGUAUUCUUGAGGACGUUAGAAUUUCUCUGUGCUUUCGGGUCAUCAUUUGUGUGAUAGGGAUGACAAUAGUACCUUUCUCGAAGGGUAGUUUUGAGGAUUAAAAUAAUUGCAUCUGUAGAAUAUUUUAAACAGUUCUAUUAUGUAAAUGUUCAGAAUAUAAGCUAUUUUUAAAAUUGCCAUCUGCUGCAGUGUUUCAUCUCUGCCCCCAUCCUCUAGGGCUGACAGAUACUCAGCUCUUCAUGCUUACCUUGUUAGACAUUGCUGAUUGGCCCUGGUACUGUAUUUCCUUCUGAAUCUAGAACACAAUGCUUGAAUCCUUCUCAGCAGUAUAACAGCGUCAGAGACAACUAUUUGUCAAAUUAUUUGCAGAGUUACUGAUUUUAUUUCUUGCUUCAAGACAUAAAUUUGAUAUGCUGGUUCCAAGUCUUCAUUGUUUGUUUUUGCUAAAACUCAAGAGCAGUUUUAUUAUGACAGGCAUAAAAAGGUAUAGCUUCUGUAGCCAGAAAUAGGGUCUCAUUCAAGCAUGAGUUUUGCUGAUGAAUUACUACUAUCUUGAAUGCCUUUCAUUUUUUAUUCGGAAGGAGAUGAAUAAGUCUUCCUAUCGGCUUUGAAAUAUUGAAAUGAAUGUGCAGAAACAGCUAGCAUAGUAAUGAAGCUUAAUCUUUUGAGGCUAUUAUUAGUACAAUGUCACUAGUUCUUUAGGGUCUUUGCCAGGUUGUUACAAAGUUCAUUUUUUUAGUAAGGGCUUGGUAUAUGGGUAGCUGAUAUUUCAUUAGUUUUAAAUGGAGAAUUAGAACAAGGUUGGGAGAGUCUUUCCCAUGUGCCAGACUUUUACCUGAGUGCUUUAUAUUUACUACUUACAGUAGCUCUAUUAGGUGGUAUUAUUCCCAUUUUACAGCUGAGGACACUGAGAUGUAAAGAGGUUAAGCAACUUCCCAGGCUCCUAUGGUUAGCCAGAUAUGUAGAGCUGAGACUCAAACCCAAGGGGUCUGAUUGCCACGCAGGCAACCUUAAUGCCUAAUUAGGCUGCUGCCUGCAAAGAAUAAACUGCAUGAAGAGGAAGAUGAGAAGAUGGAAGGACCAAAUUAUAAAAGUCUUAAAUGCCAGGCUAAGUGAUUUUAUGUUUAUUUGGCAGACAAUGGGAAGCCACUGAAGGUUUUCCUGUAGGGCGGGGUGACAGAGUGAGAGCUGGGCUGUAAGGAUUUUACAUGAGGUACAGCAGGUGGGCUAGUUUAAAGAGAAGGGAGAUUAGAGACCAUUGCUAGAAGCUGAGAAGUAAUGAGCACGUGGGUUUUGGAAGCAGCAUUAAGAUAAGAGCUUGGGAACGCCCAUAAAUGGUGUGCCAAAGGGGAAGAGGCCAAGACACGUAAGCAGAGAGGUGAGACCCAGGCCAGUGAGUGCCACCUGAAGGAGGUGGUUCCGAAGUUGAACACCAUGGAGGCUGGAGAGGAUUGGAACAAAACAAAGACUAGUGGGCCAUUACCGUGCACCCCCCAUGAGACUGGAAUUGUGCCGGGGAAAAGUCCACAUUAAAAUGUUCUGCGCUACCAACUCUGCUCCUUGUGAGUGAGGUCCCCUUGGGCAAGUUUUUCGAUUGUUCUAAAUCCUGGCUGUCUCUUUUGGGGUUCAAGUUGUGAAUAACAGUCAGUGGAGAUGCUGUUGUAAAGGUUGGGGUGGUGAUUCAGUUGACCGUUUUAGGCAAUGCAGAAUGAAAUGUGUGUCCUGUAGAUAUAAUGAGAGGAGUCGUGUAUAUUUCCUGUCAGAAAUGCCAGUACUAUCGUAGUGAUCGUGGUAGUAAGUGGAAGGCUAAGACUGGAAACAGUAUGGGACUGAAAAUGUGUAGGGAAUUUACAAGGCAACCGCAAAUAUUCCCUAGAAUGUGAGGGACAUUUUUCUCAAAGCCACUUACUUUCAGAGAGAAUCUGACUAGUUUUCUCAGAGGAAGUUCUGUUGGUUGGAAAAUUUAAAAGAUCAUGUCUAAAAGACUUAAAGGAAAUAGUAAGGGACUUAGAAUGAGCUUCCAGUUCCUCUCAGAAACCCUUUUUGUGAAUCCCUGACCUUCUCAGUGGGGUAUAAUUUCUCUUUCCUCUGACCUUUUCCAUUAGUACUUCUCAAACACAGAUCACCUGAGGGUCUUGCAGAUUUGAUUCAGUGGAUCAAGGGUGUGGGGCUGCGAUUCUCUAUUUCUGCCAAGUUCCCAGGUGAUGCCAACACUAGAGGUCCCUGGACCCCACUCUGAAUAGCAGGACUCUAAAAUACUUUUUAGGUUUCACAACAGGUAAGCAUACUUAUUUUGAAAUCGUGUAACGGUUCUCUCAUCAGACUGAGCUCUAUUUCCCAUAUCCUGCAGCACACACCCAUAAUGAGUGCUCGAUAUUUAUAAUCAAUUUUUCUGUCAGUGGUUUGUAUUAUUCAGUGGUAUCAAUAACUUUAAUUGUUAUGGGUGGAUGGUUUUUUUUUUUUUUUUUUUCUUUUAACCGAGAAAUUGAAGCAGAUCUGUUCAGGAAUAGGCGCCAGAAUACAAUAUAAAAAUUUUAUAUAAAGUUAAGCAUGCAUUUACUGUAUGACCCAUGAGAACAUAUGCUCACCCAAAGGCAUGUGCUUGAAUGGUUGUACUUGAAUGUUAGCUUUACUAACAAUAACAACAACAACACCUUAUAAAGAACCAAACGUCUAUUACCUGGUGAAUUGAUAAAUAAUUGUCAUAUAGCCAUAUGAUGGGUUACUACUUACCUAUAAAAAGGAAUGAAUUCCUGGCACAAGAAACAAUGUGGACAAUUCUUUCAAAAGCAUUAUACAAAUUGAAAUAAGCUAGAAAUAAUAUACUUAUUUAUGAUUCUAUUUGAAUGAACUUUUAGAAAAAGCAAAAGUAUAGUGAUAAACCAAUCAGGGGUCAGGAAAUGGGGGAAAGUGAGUUGGCCGUAAAGAGGAACCUGGGAACCUGCAGGGGAGGGGUGGGGUGAUGGAAACAUCUGGUAUGAUUUUGGUGGUUGUUACUUGGCUGUAUACGUAUGUCAAAACUCAUCACAUUGUACACCUAAAAGUGAAUUUUAUUAUAAAAAAAAUUUUAUCUCAUAAAGUUAAACAAUUAGCCACAAUCGUUAACCUGUUAAGAUCUAAUAUUCCUUGGAGGUAUCUUAUCAGUGGGAUAUUAAUAUAAGGAAAUAGAGAAAAUUUCCACUCUGGGAGAAGAAAUGGGUCUCUGGGAGAAAUUAUGAAUAAACAGUAGGAACAUAAGUUCCCUUAAAAGCUUCUUUGUGGAUUUUUAAUGUAGCUGAGUCUGAAGGGAGAGAUCUUGAAAACAGGAACUUCAGUUCAUUUAUUUUUAGCAUCCAGUAUAGUAUGCCAUUUGCUAAAUGAUUUUAGUGUGCCCACUGUGCUAUUAAAAAACAAAAUUCUGCUGAAAAGUCAUUUCUGUGCUUUUUUAUAUUCUUUGCAGUGAGCACACUCAAUUAUCAGGGGAGCAUUCAGUCAUCUGCUUUGGCAGUGAUGGCUUAGCUUUAAUUAGGUAAAAAGAUGUGUCUACAUAUGGUAAGGAUGCAAUCUGGCAAAAGCACUAGCUUUCUUGAAAGACUAAAAGGAAAGAGCAUGUGUGUGUUUACGUGUGUAGAGCUAGCUGCCUGUUGUUUUAUUAGCCAAAGAAUUGGGGGGAAAGGAGAGAAAGUUAAUUAUGCAUGUUCUCCUUUUGCCAUACAGAAAGAAAAAAACUAUGAAUUUAGAAAUCAGCCAGAAUGUAUACAGGUGAUCCAAGUUGUUGAAACUAGACAGAGUUAUUUGGGGGGGAGAGGGGGUGCAUAAACGAAAUCAUAAUUUUCUAUUUACUCAAUAAUGUCAGCUUUUUCCCCCUUAAUUUGUAUCAAAUAGUAGUAGCUCAACAUUUCAGAUUUAAACUUAGCUUUUUCAGGUAUAGUAUGGCAUAUUAAUUUUGGAUAUGCUACUCUUUAUUCUUUAAUUAUGGCUUAUUGAGAAUUUUCAGGUCCUUCUAACAGAAAUCCCAUCAAUCAGACUGAGUCUUUAAGAUUUAUCUUUUUAAAUUAUGAAGUGAACGUUUUUUCAUAUAAUGUUUCUAAGUAAGUGUAUUGUAAUAAAUGCAUCUAUUUAGUAUGUAUCAUUCCCUAAUUUUACUUUCAAAAAGGUAGUAAGUGAAUAUAAAGUUCAUCAUGUUAUAGUUAAAAAAAAAAAACCCAAAAAACAGUGGUUAUAGUUCCCCAUAAUGUGCAGUUUAAAAGCUUUCCAUAAUGUACAAGUAAACUCAGAUCUGGGUUUGAAUUCUGGCCACUGCUCUGGUAAUUGAGCAUCUCUAGCAUGGGGAUGAUAAUAUACUUUCUUUCUUCAUGUAUGAAAAGGGCUGAGUCUACUGCUGGGCAUUUAGGAAAUACUUAAUAAACUGUGCUAUUAUUUACAUGAUCAACACCAAAGGUUCGUGUUUUUUGUAUGUUCAUGAGGCUGCUGGACACAUUUGGAUCAUCCAGUUAGUAAAAAGGGCCAUACUUAAAGGGGUAGUAAAUGAGUUAAAGAGGACUGAACCUUUUACAUGGGUCACUUUAGGGUCCUGUUUGUAUCUGCUAAGGCUUGGGCUAUAUUGAGAUGGCUAGGUCUAGGAGGCUUAAGGGGACCCAUGGGGCCAGAACAAAAACUCUAGAAUUAACGCAUAGCUAGAGCUGGAGCUAAUGCUCACGUGGCCAUGUGAUUACAGAGAACGGUCCUAACCAAGCAAUAAAUACAAAGAGGAAGGCAGGCAGGAUGUAUGAAUGUUGGCCAAGUUCAGUCUUGGGUGUGUCAGUGUGAGCUAAGGACCUGUGGAGACCUAAAUGGAGAAGGAACUCUCUGAGGGCUGAAUGGACACAGGCUACCAGCUGGCCCACCUAGUAAAGCUGUGGAGGUGGGCCAGCCAUGAGAGGGUACCUUGUGGCCAUAUUCCUGAGUGCUGUCUUUCUCUAUUAUGUGCUGCAUUGUAUAUUAUGGGGAACAAACGCCUAUUGGGUGCCACCUGUGGAAAUGAAGCGGAGAAAUAAGAUCCAGCCUUGUUUAUCGAAGCCAGCUUUUGCCUCUCUCCUGAGGUUUCAUCAGUUUCACCCUUUUCUGUGUGCAGCUGAUUUUAAAAAGAUUGCUUCCUUGUAUGGUGGCGAUAAGUUUGAUUUGCCCUAUGGGAUAAGAACAUCAGCGGAAUAUUUUCGACUUGCUCUUUCAAAACUGCAGAGUUGUGAUCUCUUUGAUGAAUCUGACAACAGUGUGCCAUGUAAAAAGUGCGUGGUGGUUGGUAAUGGAGGAGUUUUGAAGAAUAAGACAUUAGGAGAAAAAAUUGACUCCUAUGAUGUAAUAAUAAGAAUGAAUAAUGGUCCUGUUUUAGGACAUGAAGAGGAAGUUGGGAGAAGGACAACCUUCCGACUUUUUUAUCCAGAAUCUGUUUUUUCAGAUCCCAAUCACAAUGAUCCUAAUACUACGGCGAUUCUCACUGCUUUUAAGCCGCUUGAUUUAAAGUGGCUGUGGGAAUUGUUGACAGGUGGCAAAAUAAACACUAAUGGUUUUUGGAAGAAACCAGCCUUGAACUUAAUCUACAGACCUUAUCAAAUCAGAGUAUUAGAUCCUUUCAUUAUCAGAAUGGCAGCUUAUGAACUGCUUCACUUCCCAAAAGUGUUUCCCAAAAAUCAGAAACCCAAGCACCCAACAACAGGAAUUAUUGCCAUCACAUUGGCUUUUCACAUAUGUCAUGAAGUUCACCUUGCUGGAUUUAAAUAUAACUUUUCUGACCUCAAGAGUCCUUUGCACUAUUAUGGGAAUGCCACCAUGUCUUUGAUGAGUAAGAAUGCAUAUCACAAUGUGACAGCGGAGCAGCUCUUUUUGAAGGACAUUAUAGAAAAAAACUUUGUAAUCAACUUGACUGAAGAUUGACCCUACAGACUCAGAAGACGAUGCUAACAGUAUUAGUUUUAUUUUUAUACUGCGAUUUUUAGUUUAUUUUUAAAUAUGUUGGAUGCACGUG